AUGGACGGCCCUGCCGAGUGUGGUGUACAGGUUUUCUGCCGUAUUCGGCCUCUCAACAAAACAGAAGAGAAGAAUGCAGACCGUUUCUUACCAAAAUUCCCAUCCGAGGACUCUAUUUCUCUGGGAGGGAAAGUCUUCGUUUUCGAUAAGGUUUUCAAGCCUAAUACAACUCAGGAGCAAGUGUAUAUGGGAGCAGCCUAUCACAUUGUCCAAGAUGUUCUUUCUGGUUACAACGGAACUGUGUUUGCUUAUGGUCAAACCGCUUCCGGAAAGACCCAUACCAUGGAGGGAGUGUUGGGUGAUGCUAGCUUCCAGGGUAUUAUUCCUAGGAUAGUUUCUGAUAUUUUCAAUCAUAUCUACUCCAUGGAUGGAGAUCUCCAAUUCCACAUCAAAGUAUCCUAUUUCGAAAUUUACAAUGAGAAAAUUCGAGAUUUACUUGACCCUGAGAAAGUAAAUCUAUCCAUCCACGAAGACAAAAACCGUGUUCCAUAUGUGAAAGGUGCUACCGAACGAUUCGUCUCUUCCCCAGAAGAAGUUUUCAAUUCCAUCGAAGAAGGAAAAAGCAAUCGUCAAGUUGCUGUCACAAACAUGAACGAACAUUCUUCGAGAUCUCACUCAGUCUUCCUUAUUACUGUCAACCAAGAAAACCUUGUAACCAAAAAACAAUUGUCUGGAAAGUUAUACUUGGUCGAUUUAGCUGGUUCUGAAAAGGUCAGUAAAACAGGUGCCCAAGGAGCAGUUUUGGAAGAAGCAAAGAACAUUAACAAAUCUUUGACUGCUUUAGGUAUUGUAAUCUCAGCUUUAGCCGAAGGAACUAAAUCUCACGUGCCUUAUCGUGAUUCCAAGCUUACUAGAAUCCUGCAAGAGUCUCUUGGAGGUAACUCCAGAACAACUGUGAUUAUCUGCGCUUCGCCCUCUCACUUCAAUGAAGCCGAAACUAAAUCUACCCUCCUCUUCGGUCAAAGAGCUAAGACCAUCAAGAACGUUGUACAAGUCAACGAAGAGCUCACGGCUGAGGAAUGGAAGAGACGAUAUGAGAAGGAGAGAGAUAAAGUUGGAAGACUUCAAGCUCUUAUUAACUCUGCUCAAGUCGAACUUCAACGGUGGAGAUCCGGAGAAGGUGUUUCUGAAUCUGAAUGGAUUUCCAUCAAUGAGAGUCUCAUUAACACAAGCUCUGAGAAUGCUUCUACUCCAUCUAUGGAAAGAUCUAUGAUUGCUCCAGCUCCUGCCAUGCUCGUCUCUUCUGCUGGACCCAUCACUGAUGCGGAAAAGAGAAGAUACGAAGAAGAGAGAACCAAGCUUUAUCAACAACUCGACGAGAAGGAUGAUGAAAUCCAAAGAAUCAGUCAAGAACAAGAAGCUAUGCGCCAACAGGUUCUUCUUCUCGAAGAUGGUAUGGAAACUGUUCGUCGUAAUGAAGAAAUCAUUCGCGAGGAAUCCCUCCGAUACCAGAAGGAGAUUGAUGAGAAGCAAGCUGAAAGCAAGGAGAUGAUGAAUGCUAUCGAAGAGAUUGCUGCUACCCUCGACUUAAGACAAAGCGAGUGUGAACAGCUCAAGCGUGAGCUCGAAUCACUCCAAGAGGAAAAUCAAACUCUUGAUAGUCGUCGUAAUGAAGCUGAAUCUGAGCUCCAAACCCAUAUCAUGGAGACUGGUCCUAAGAUCAAGCAUUUCAAAGAUGCCAUCUAUAACAUCAUCAAGGAGUACAAUGUCGCCGAGGUUGCAUCUCAGAAUGAUAACCUUCCCGACCACGACCUCCUCAACCAUCUCAGAAUUGGUGUUUCCAAGAUGUUCAGUGAAUAUUCUGCUGCUAAAGAGAUGAACGCUGCUGAGGCUCAGUUGUCUUCUGAUAACAUCAAGAAUCAAGAUAUAACUAACUUGGAGGGUCAAGAUGCUGUUAAAUUCAAGCAACUUCUUGUCCGUGAUACAGCUGUGAAAGAGUUGAAGCCUCUCACUGAUCGUGUCAACAUGGAAGUAGCUACUUUGAAGAAUCUGAAGAAGGAAUUCGUCAGAGUAAUGCUUGCUAGAUGCCAAGCUACACCAGAAGAGGAUGAAUGCCUCUCUGGCCCAGCUCAACGCCAAAGAGUCCAAUUCUUAGAGAACAAUUUGGAUAAGCUCACCAAGGUUCACAAGCAGCUCGUCAGAGAUAAUGCUGACCUCCGUGUUGAAUUGCCCAAGAUGGAGUCCCGCCUCCGUGCCCGUGAGGAAAGAAUUAAGCAAUUAGAAUCUGCUCUCCGUGAGACCAAAGAACGUGCCCAACACGAACGUAGAAAGUACCAACAAGAAGUUGAGCGUAUCAAGGAUGCUGUCCGCCAAAGAAACAUGCGUCGUCAGAACACCCCACAAAUUGUUAAGCCAAUCCGACCAGGCCAAAACUAUAGCUCUCCUGCUGCAGUACCAGUUAUCCGCCCUGCUAAUGCCGGUCAAGCUACCCAGUAA